CAGCGCACUGUGUGUGGCUCAGUCGAGUCUGUGCUGUCCUCCGCGCCUGAUGCAGACCUGCUCAUCCUGCUGCUGCUGCACCGGACAGCACUCACUCUGAUAAAACGUCCAACAUGCGGCUCACUCCGCGGACUGUCUCCGGGUCUGGACAUUUCACAAGACUGUCAUCUCGUGUUCUUGGAGUCUGAUAAUUUUCUUCCAACUUAAUCUUAAACUUUUUUGAGCGUGUGAUUCCAAAAGUGAUCAGAUCGUGAAGAUGUUGUGUGGAGGCUCGUGGAUGAAAAGGAUGGCAUCGUACCUUCACGUGGGUCUGUUUCUGCAGCUGGCGGUGUUGGAAACGACGGACGCCAUCCACCCAGACUGCGCUCUGGUGGUUCAGCACAUGAAGGCCCAAGAAGAGUGCAACCAGAUCCUCCGAGGGGAGGAGAAGAACCGCUCCACCAGGACAGGUUGUCCGACGCUGUGGGAUGAUAUUCGUUGUUGGUCUCGUGCCGAGGUCGGUCAGGUGGUCAGCGUCUCGUGCUCCAACGUCUCCCAGCUGUUUGCUAAUAAUAAAGGUUUCGUCUACAGGAACUGCACUGAGGACGGCUGGACCGAGCUCUACCCGUCCUACGAGGACGCCUGCGAGUUCACAGAGUACGAAGUGACAGAACCCGAGACGACAUACUUCUCCAACUUCAAACAGUUGUACACAGCCGGCUACGCCACCUCCCUCAUCUCGCUUAUAUCGGCUAUUUUCGUCUUCACUGUUUUCAGGAAGUUUCACUGCACCAGGAACUACAUCCACAUCAACCUGUUCUUCUCCUUCAUCCUGAGAGCCAGCGCCGUCUUCAUCAAAGAUGGCGUCCUUUUUGCUGAUGAAGACCUCGACCACUGCUUCAUGUCCAGUGCGUCCUGUAAAUCGGCCGUGGUCUUCUUCCAGUUCAGCAUCCUGGCAAACUACUUCUGGCUGCUGGUGGAGGGGAUGUACCUGCAGACGCUGCUCGCUCUCACCUUCGUCUUCCAGAAGAAAUACUUCUGGUGGUACAUACUCAUCGGCUGGGGUCUCCCAACGACAAUCAUAACAGUGUGGAUCCUCACUCGAAACUUCUACGAUAACACGGGGUGCUGGGACGACACAGAUGUGGCCUUCGUCUGGUGGAUCAUAAAGGCUCCGAUAACAGCGUCACUGCUGGUGAACUUCAUCAUCUUCAUCAACGUGAUCCGCAUUCUGGUCCAGAAGUUGACGUCUCCUGGCGUCGGCGGCAACGACACGAGUCACUUCAAGCGGCUGGCUAAAUCCACUCUGCUCCUCAUCCCUCUGUUCGGGAUGCACUACAUGGUGUUUGCUUUCCUGCCCGAGAACACGGGCGCAGAAGCUCGGAUCUUUAUAGAGCUUGGUUUGGGAUCGUUUCAGGGAUUUGUUGUGGCCCUGCUCUACUGUUUCCUGAAUGGUGAGGUGCAGGCGGAGCUGAAGAAGAGGAUUUGGAAGUGGCAGACUCAGAGCUACCUGAGCUACAGUAAACGACGGCGUACCCUCUUCACUGAAAGCAGCACGGUCACUCAGAUAUCUGUCCUGGAUAAAUCCAGCCCCAAAGACCAGCCGCCCUCGGAGACGCACGCCCUCACGCCCAACAACGUGUCCAGUGUGUGAGGAAGACUUUAACCACGCUGGGCUUCAUGUCCAGGAUCACACCACAUCCUGAGAAAGUGACUGAACUCAGAGUCUGAUGUUGAAUGUUGGAGGUAGCUCCUCUUGACUCUGUUUGCUGUGAAGGGUUUUCAGAAUCCUGCGUGGGCUGUCAGGUCGACCCCGUGUUUACUUAAACAUCUUUUUAUUCACCAUCA